CCCAGUUAAGAUUUUUUUUCUUUGAAUAUGUCUUCGAUUAAGCAACAAAACUCAUUGGCCGAAGCGGGAAGCCUUGUUAGAAACUUCCUCGUAUGUUUUUGGUAAAAUAGGCAAAAACUGGCAUACAAAUCGAUUAUAUUUUAUCGUAUUAUACCACAUGCUAAACCGUUAUAACGAUAUUAAUUAGUUUGACUGCCCUUGAAAGUUUCUAACUUGGGUAUUAGUAUGUUGUUGCAUUUGGGCAUUUCAAAAACAAAAAUUGAUGUUGCAUUUGUGAAAGAAAUUAUUUAAAUAGCUCUCUCGGAUAUGUGGCGACUGGCGAGAAGAGUCCGGCCCAAACGCAGAAAUUGAACCCGUACCCACUUUGCCGGGAAAAACCCCGCAAAUUCCAUAAUCGCCCAAAAAAGAUUUCAUCAGCUCUCCAUUUCUCAUCCGGAAAUCCCUAAACCCAGCUACGAACUCUUCAUCGGCGAUCAACUUCAACGGGUAAGUCUUCGAAUUUCCUUGAAGCUCGCACCUUUUCCGCGGCGUCGUCGGUCCCAGGCCGAAAUCUAGGGUUUCAUUCAAGCAAAUGAGACCCUAGGGAUUUGUUCGUUGUUGAAUUCGAUUUGAAUUAGCUGUUCUUACUAGAAUCAGCGGCGGAAAUUCGAGAUGAGUGUUCUCGGUCGGUCAAAGAAUAGCGCCAAAGUCCCCAAAUUGAGAGGGGCUUUCAAUGGAUUAUGCGCGCUGAUAAUGGUUAUCUUGUUAUCCAACCGGGGAGGUUUGAUUGCGAACAUUCCUGAUAGUGGAAGUUCGGAACUUGGAGCUAUUUCGAGUAAUGGGGUGAGUCGGGUUGCACUGGUUCGUCGGCAGAUGACCGAACUCUAUGCGAAUUCGCCUUCCCCAAGUUCAGGAAACUGGACUCAUGUAUGGGAGACCAGCUUGGAGGAUACAAACAGCUUGCCACAUGAAUGUCGAGAUGUGAUUGAUCACAAGGGGUACGCAAACCAAUGCGCCUUCUUGAAGGCCAAUCCACAAUGCUUCUCUGAUGGCUUCUUCGAUUACGUUCAUUUCUUGUACUGUGAUUGUGGCAACUUCAGAUGGCUGGGGUUUCUUGUACUGGGAAUCUGGCUUGCUGCAUUGUUCUACCUGCUGGGAAACACUGCUGCUGAUUACUUCUGCCGCUCGUUGGAAAAGCUCUCGAGUCUAUUGAAGCUUCCCCCUACUGUUGCUGGUGUGGCCCUUCUACCGCUUGGGAAUGGAGCUCCCGAUGUGUUUGCAAGCAUCGCUGCGUUCCUCGGAGAGAAUCAGGGUGGCGUGGGGCUCAAUAGCGUGUUGGGAGGUGCUGUGUUUGUGACCUCUGUUGUAGUUGGUGCUGUCUCAUUGUGUGUGGCGGGGAAGGAAGUGCAGAUUGAUCGGAGAUGUUUUGUCAGGGACAUAUGUUUCUUCCUUGUUGCUCUCUUCUCGUUGCUGACGAUUUUGAUGGUUGGUAGAGUGACUGUUACAGCUGCAAUUGCAUUUGUUUUGAUCUAUGUGGUGUAUGCAUUCUUUGUAGCUGCUAAUGAGCUCUUGAGGAAACAUGCUCAGAGAUUGAAGUUGGAUUCCGUGACACCAUUGAUUCCUGUCAGGGGAAGUGUGUUUUCUAUAGGGGGAGAGGAAGAAGAUGUAGGGUCGGUUUACAGCUCUCUGCUCGAGGUGGAUACCGAGAGCAACACCAUACAUGAUCUACCACCCUCUUUGCCCUCGUGGAUGUGGGCUUCAAACGUGGCGAUAUUCUCGAACCACUCCUCGAAGUAUAACUCUAUGGACGAGGAAGGGUCGCCGUGGGGAUGGAAUGAUGAUGGUGAGGGGAGAUCAGAGAUGAGAAAGUGUUCGCUGUCAUAUUCGCGAUUGUUUUCAAUCAUGGAGAUGCCAUUAACAAUACCAAGGAGGCUGACAAUCCCACUCGUGGACGAUGAAACAUGGUCAAAGCCAUAUGCAGUCAGCAGUGCAGCAUUAGCUCCCCUUCUUAUGGCAUAUCUAUGGAGUACGCAAGUGGAUAUCUCUCCUUCGAGUAAAAUCGUCGGUUAUAUAAUCGGAAUAUCACUCGGCUGCACUUUUGGGAUUUUAGCUUAUCAGCAGACCCUGCCUGAUCGACCUCCUCGGACCUUUAUAUUAGCAUGGGUUCUAGGAGGGUUCGUGAUGAGCAUCGUCUGGUUCUACAUGAUAGCAAACGAGCUCGUCUCUCUAUUAGUUGCAUUUGGUACUAUAUUAAGAAUCAAUCCAUCAAUCUUGGGGCUAACUGUACUGGCAUGGGGCAACUCCAUGGGCGAUCUGGUCUCAAACGUUGCACUGGCAAUGAACGGUGGGGACAGUCUGCAGAUUGCCAUGUCUGGUUGCUAUGCUGGUCCAAUGUUCAACACACUCAUUGGAUUGGGUGCCUCAAUGGUAUUGGGCGCCUGGUCGAGGAGCAACGGUACGUACGAGAUCCCUCAUGAUGGCACGUUGUUCUUGACCAUUGGAUUUCUCGUAUCUGGGUUGCUCUGGGCUCUCGUCGUGCUGCCUAGAAAUGAUAUGCGUCCUAAUACGACGUUGGGCUUUGGGCUUAUAGUGAUGUAUCUGGUCUUUCUUACCGUGAGGCUGACUGGUGUCACAAGUUUCGUAGUGACUUGAUUUUGAGCUAAGCUCUUCUUCUCAUGUACUGUUGUAGUUUGUUAUGUGAACUCAUUUUGUAUAGUGGCUUGUUCUUAAGAGCAGAGUCUUGAGAGUUCUCUUGCUUGUUGGAUCCUUUGAGCAAAGUCAUUCUGCAUAUGCUGAUAUAUGGGGAGAUAUCAUAUUAUCAUGUUGUAUAUAGAUGGAUUCUUUCAGGGUAUUUUGAAUAAAACAGUCUUUUCUUGAGAUCUUUCGCUUUUUAAUUUCUCUAGUCGUUUAUAGGUAAGGUUGGUUUGGUGCAUUUGUAGCAGUGUUACAAUUGAACAAAUAAAUUGUAUUGAUGUGCAUAAUUCUUCUUCAUUGCUUCAUCAAUACAAACAAUACUUGUAAAGUUCAUUGAACUGCAUCGAUGAGUCGUUACCUUGUUCAUCCGAACCAAAUCCCUAUUUAGUGGAUGGUGGGAAUAUGGGAUAUAGCUGUGAAUGGCCAUGGAAUACGACAGGCAGCUUGAGAUUCACAAGCUCUCUCUCUGUGUGGAUGGCAAUAGUUUCUGUGUCCAUUGGGAAUGCACAACAACAACAGGCGCACGUUUGUUGUUGUCUGUCGUCUGGAGCUUAUACUGUAUUUGUUUCCUAGCUAUGACAUGUCAUGCAUGCAUAGGUCAGAUUCUCCAAUGGCUUAUUUUAAAUUGGUUCAUAGUACAAUACAAACAGCACUCACUCAAUAUCUUUGAAACGUCUGUGUCACUGUCAGAACUUCAUGGCUGAUAGCCUGAUACUGAUACUAUGCUACCCUGCUGUUCUUUUUAAUCAUUAGUUUACUCACUUUUGCGAGUUUCCACCAAUUAAUUUAAUUAUGCAGUUUCUUUCGUGUUGCAGGGGAAGGAAAGAUUCUCUGUUUUGCCUUUCCCCUCGUUCUCAUAUCUGCACCCUCAAAAAAACAUAUUUUUCUGAAUUGUUCGUCAUUGUAACGAUUCAAUGCAGGAACCCAAGCUUAUUUAAUCGUAAUGUUUUGUAGCUUGGAAUGGCAAAGGUUGGUACUCCGAGUCUCUGAUUGGAUGAUCUGGUUUUUGACGUAAUAAUGUGUGUCAUGUUUUAUGAUAUAGGUCUCUCGCUCUCUAAUAUAUGUACUCUAACAUU